AUGGAGACUUGGAACGGCGUAGAUGGCCACGCCGGCGCAACAACAAUGACAGAGUCGCUUAUCCUCCAGCAGUGCAGGAAGCACCAGGGCUACUCCACACCAGAACUCAACGAAAAGCUCUACCUGCACCACCUCGGCUUUGCUCAGCUCAACGGCCUCGCAGCCUUCACCGGCUGCGUUGUCCUCUACCUCGACCACAACGCCCUGAGCGAUCUUGCCGCGCUCGCGGCGCUCACCCGCCUCGACUCCCUCUACCUUUCCUGCAACGCGCUUUCCCACCUCGACUCGCUGCCACACUUGCCAGCCUUGCGCACCUUGGAUGUCGCCUGUAACCAGAUUGUGACACUCAAUGGGCUCGAUGAGGCCGCUCCACAGCUAGAGACGCUUCUGGUGGGGCAUAACAAGCUGCAGUGCCUCCACGGAGUGCAGGGGCUUUCCAGUCUGGUUUCGCUCGAUCUGUCGCACAACUGCAUCGAAGACGAGAAGACCACGAUGGCGUGCCUAUUCAGCCACCGCACCACGCUGCGCACCCUGUUGCUUCAUGGAAACGGGCUGUGUCGCCACACACCGCACCAUCGCAAGUGCUGGAUUGCAGCGUUGCCUGCUCUGCGGUUUCUCGACGAGUACCCCGUCUUCGACGACGAGCGCGCGCGUGCCGAGGCGUUUACUAGAGGCGGCGCAGCAGCCGAGGCAGACAUCCGCAGUGCGCAGCACGCCCGUGCCGCCACCGAGGCGCGAGAGCGAUUCGCGUACUACGGCGGUGUCCGCGAGAUGCAACGCGAUGCUCGGCGCCGCAACGGCGCGGAAACGCCGCCAGCGCCGUGCCUUCCCGCGCGCACGACCGGCGUCGGCACGGGGGUUGUGCAGGACGCCGGCGGCGGACCCGUCUGCCUCCCGUCGGCGCGCGACACCGUUCGCCCGGGCCCCGCCUCGGCGCGCGAGGGAAGGCAACCCUAG